AUGGCUCGCCGCGAGUCACUCUCUGAGAUCUUGGCAGCCAACCCGGAGCUUUCCCUCAGUGGAAGCAUCAUAUCGGCGGCCUUCAAUAUUCCUCAUGCACUGACCUACCGCAAGGGUGGUGACUGGGGACUUAAACCCCGCGGUGGCCAGUCUGCUCUCUUCGACUCGUUCGCCUAUCUCUCUUCUUCCGCCAACCCUUUCAAACAUACCGUCGUCUCCUGGACCGGCGAAAUCGACUCUCCCCUCGAACCUCUCGAACCCGAACCCCAAUCUCCGAGAGCCACAACUGUUGGUGUCUCUUCUCUCAACCCUCUCUCGGCCCCUGUCCCCGUCGAUGGAGUUGCGCAACUUCCCACUCCGCCUCCUUUUGACGGGCUUUGGCUUCCCAAGGCAGACCAGGAGCGUCUCGAGCAUCAGCUUGCCAAUGACAAGACUAUUCGAACUGUUCCUGUGUGGCUCGCCGACGAAGAUGAAAUCACCCCAGAAGGAAUCAUGCUCCGCGACCAGGGCCGGUGGCGCGGCUACGCCCAUCACGACCUCUACAGCCUGUUUCACUACAAGCAACAUGAACCAAGUGAUGGCCGAAAGGAAAAGAUUCAAUGGGCUGAUUACUACCGGAUGAAUCAAAAGUUUGCCGCCAAGAUCAUCGAAAUCUACAAGCCGGGUGACAUUGUCAUAAUUCACGACUACUUCCUCAUGCUCCUCCCAAGCAUGCUCAGACAAGCAGUGCCCAACAUGUACAUAUCUUUCUACUUGCACUGCCCUUUUCCAAGUAGUGAGUUCCUGCGUUGCCUUCCUCGCCGCAAGGAGGUUUUGGAAGGCAUCCUGGGAUCGAACCUGGUCGGGUUUCAGUCAUACAGCUACUCGCGCCAUUUUCUCAGUUGCUGCACCCGCAUAUUAGGCUUUCCCUCUGACACUCUGGGAGUCGACGCUUACGGAAGUAGGGUUCAGGUUGGCGUCUUUCCGAUUGGUAUCGAUGCUGCAAAGGUGGAAAAGCUGGCUUGGGCGUCCUCUGUUGACGAAAAGUAUGACGCCCUCAAGAAGAUGUACGCCGGAAAAAAAAUCAUUGUUGGCCGAGACCGCCUUGACAGUGUCCGAGGCGUCGUCCAGAAACUCCAGGCAUUUGACCGCUUCCUCGAAGCGUACCCGGAGUGGAGGGAGAAGGUCGUGCUCAUUCAGGUCACGUCGCCAACCAAUAAAGUGGCAGACAGGGAUGAUGGAGAGCACAAGACUUCAACACGCGUGAACGAGCUUGUGAUGCAGAUAAACGGCCAGUAUGGAAGUCUGGGGUUCUCACCGGUACAGCACUACCCCCAGUACAUUAACCAGGACGAGUACUUUGCGCUGCUUCGAGCGGCCGACAUUGGUCUCAUUACCUCAGUAAGAGACGGCAUGAACACAACUAGUCUCGAAUAUGUUGUCUGCCAGAAGGAUGGACACGGUCCGCUCAUACUUUCCGAAUUUAGCGGGACAGCUGCCAGUCUUAGCGACGCUAUCCAUAUCAACCCUUGGGACCUUACCGAUGUCGCCGAGAAGAUUAACAGCGCUUUAACCAUGUCCGACGAAGCCCGCUCAACGAUGCAGAGCCGACUAUACGAGCAUGUCACGACGCAAACCGUCCAGUCGUGGAUAACCAAGUUUAUUCGGAGAAUCCACAGCGUCCUUGGUGACAACUCUAUUCAGCACGCCACGCCACUCCUCGAUCGUGCCCUACUACUUUCUCAAUACCGCGCGGCCUCGAAGCGUAUUUUCAUGUUCGACUAUGACGGAACACUUACGCCCAUUGUUCGAGAGCCAAGCGCGGCUGUACCGUCGGAGAGGUUGCUGGAGUCUCUCAAAAUCUUGGCCUCUGAAACUCGCAACUCGGUUUGGAUCAUCUCGGGCAGAGAUCAAGAGUUCCUCACCCAGCAUUUGGGCCAUAUUCCUGAACUCGGCUUCUCGGCCGAGCAUGGUAGCUUCAUGAGAGACCCCGGGUCUCAGGAAUGGAUCAAUUUAGCGGACAAGUUCGACAUGGGCUGGCAAAGCGAAGUCAUUGAUGUUUUUCAAAAAUACACAGACAAAGUCACAGGCUCAUUCAUCGAGAGGAAGCGAUGCGCUAUUACGUGGCAUUACCGGCUUGCUGACCCUGAGCAAGGCUUGCAUAUGUCGCGAGUGGCUCACCAGGAAGUGGAAGACACUGUGGCCAAGAAGUGGGAUGUGGAGGUAAUGGCUGGCAAGGCAAACAUUGAGGUGCGACCAACCUUCAUCAACAAGGGAGAGAUUGUCAAGCGCCUCAUCAGUCGUUACCACAACCCUGGCCUCGUUGGAAACGACGGUGAUAAAGACGGGGGUAGAAUUGAAUUUGCCCUUUGUUCGGGAGAUGACUUUACGGACGAAGAUAUGUUUCGCAGUCUGAACGGGGUUUCAGGCUCGGUGUUGGAUGCUGAUCACGUCUUUACUGUUACUGUUGGUCCAAGCACAAAGGUGACACUGGCUAGAUGGCACUUGCUGGAGCCAGAGGAUGUGAUUGAGUGCAUUACGUUGCUCUCAGAUCAAAGGAGCCAUUUGGCACUGGAACGAAUGGGUGAAGUGAAUUUGGCGGCCCUGAGCUCAGUUGAGGGUCACAUUCCUAGGCUUUGA